AUGGGGCAACCAAACAAUGGGGAAUGUCCCUCCUUAAGGCGCAGCAGUGUCUGCAUGAGCCGAAGCAGCAACAGCAGCAGCAGCAACAGCAGCAGCAGGAGCAGCAGCAAAAACAAGUUGAAUCCUUGUGGGUCUUCUAGCUCCGCCCCUGCAGUAGCUUCAGAUGCGCCGGUGCCCAUCAGCCACCGCAGCAGCAACAGCAGCAGCAAGAACGGCAGCGGCAAGAACUGCAGCAGCAGCAGCAACAGCGGCAGCAGCGCAGCGACAGCAGCAGAUGCGCAGCUGCCGAACCUCUUGUCCUCAGUUGGAGGUCUUUCUAUUAGGCGGCUCAUGCAGGGCCCUGAGCCUCUCUAUCGCUCUGCUGCUGCUGCUGCUGCAGAAGGCACCUUGCUGCCCCACCUCCCCCCAGCAGCAGCUGCUGCUGCAACAGCUGCUGCGGCAGCAGCAGCUGCAGCAACGAAAGGUGCAUUAGCAGCAGAAGGAGCUGCUGCUGAUCCCUCGCCCCGGCCUCCGACUUUUGUCUUAACCCCUGCAAGCGCCGCUCGCAGUGACGAGCAGCAGCAGCAGCAACAACAACAGCACCUGCUGCAGCAGCAGCAGGAAGCUAAGGAGAAGCAGCAGCGCCGGCCGCAUCAGCAGCAGCAGCAGCAGCAAGAGCAGCGGCGGCUGCAAAGGCUGCAGCAGCAGCUGCAUUCUCUGGGUUAUACAGAGUUAGUAGUAGCAGCAAACAGUCAGUUGGUGUCUCAGCUGCUGUCUGACUUAAUUAAAUCCGUCGGUAACUUCAGAGCCCUUAUAGUCAGGUACAGAGAGCUGCAGCAGCGCCUUCAUGAAGCGACUAGUGCUGCUGCUGCUGCUGCUUCUGCCCAGCAGCAGGAAGCAGCAGCAGCGGAGAAGCACAGGCGGGAGGCCGAAGCAGCACGUGUGCAGCUGCAGCAGCUGCGGCAGCAACAACAACAGCAGCAGCAGCAGCUGGAUGAUCUCAAGUCUUGUGGGGCCCUUCUGCAGCAGAAUAGAGGGGGAGACGCAGCAGCGGCUGCUGAGCUGCUGCGGCAGGCGCAAGAGGAGUGCCAGCAGCUGCAGCAGCAGCUGCAGCAGCAGCAGCUGAACCACGAGAGGGAGCUUGCCGAGAUGUAUAAGCAGCAGCAGCACCAGCAGCAAGAGGACGCUGCAGCAGCAGCAGAGCUGCGCGUCUUGCUGCAUGCAAAAGAAGAAGAGUUGCUGCAGCUGCGAGGCAGCCCUCAGAGCUUGCUUUCUGCUAGUGCCCCAAGCAGCACUGACAGUAGCAGCAAGGCUUCAGGCUGCAGCAGCUCUCGCUGCAGCAGCAGCACUUACCGCAAGAGGCCCCUGCUGCUGCGGGGCAUGCGUAGUGCUGCUGCAGCAGAACAGCGAGUGCUGCAGCGGCGGUUUAAAUCCCUUAGAAAAAAGCUUAAAGCUGUGAAGGCUGAAAAGGAAGAAGUUGCUGCUGAGCUGCAGCAAUGGAUAGGGAGGACCUCGAAGGCAGAGGCUGCGCUGCAGCAAGCAGAAGAAAGGGUAGCAGAAGCGGAAAAGCAGCAAGAGGAGCUGCGACAGAAAAAUUCGCUUGAGAAACUCCAGGCUGCGGAGCAGCAACAAAGAGUGCAGCAGGAGCAGCAGCAGCAGCGGCAAGUCGAGCAGCUGCAGCAGCAGCUAAAGACAGAGCGCCAACGCACAGAGGAGAUGAAGAAAAUGCUGAUAGAGUUGCAGGCAGCCAGCGAGGCUGCGCAGCAGCACGCUGCUGUGCUGCUGCAGCAGCAGCAGCAGCACGAGGAACAGCAGAAGCAACAGCAACAAGCCACCUGCCCCACUUGUGCAACAAGACGGGAACUGCAGCUUUCAGAACUCGCCCUACGCCUGGAGCAGGAGAAGCAUCGGGGCAGCAACGCAAACCCCAACUCGCCAAUAGUGCAGCAGCAGCAGCAGCACUUGCAACAGCAGCUACAGCAGCAAAAGCUGCAGCUGCAGCAGCAGCAGCAACUGGAGCAACACCUCCGCUCCCAGCUGGAGAUGCAAGCGAUGUCCCUUGCAGAGCACCGCAAGACAGUCGGGUGUACCCGUUCUGGACUACCGGUUGCACCACCUGCUGCUGCUGCUGUUGCUGCUGCUGCUGCUGCUGCUGUGCAGGUGAAUGAGUUGCAGCAGCAGCUGAUUGAAGCAGAAACAGCGCGGGCUAGGAAUGCCGAGGCAGUGUCUCUUUUAGAGGGAGAGAAGCGGAAGGCCGACGAGGCUAUUGAGCUGCUGCAGCAGCAGCUGCAGCAGAGUCAGCAGCAACAGCUGCGGCUGCAGCAACUGCUGGAUAAUGCUCAUGCAGGAGCAGCUGAACUUCGUAUGCAGCAGCAGCAGCAGCAGCAAAAGCAGCAGCAGCAACAGCAGCGACAGCAGCAAACGGAGGAGCUCGUAGCACACCUAACUCUCGUGCAUGCAGAGGCGCUGCAACGAGAAGAAGCCCUUAAAGCAGCGAACGCAGAGCUGCAGGCUGAGCUGCAGGAGCAGCAGAAGCAGCUGCACGCUGCAGCAGCAGAACUACAUGCAGCAACGCAACGUUGUCUGCAGGUUGAGAAGGAAAACGAAGGCUUGAUAGAUAAACUCGACACCUUUGCUGCUGCUCUUGCUGCUCGUGCUGCAGCAGAAGACGCAGGAGCAGCGAGUGCAGCAGAAACUGCAGCAGCAUCUGCAGCUGCUCAGUCUCCAUUCGCACGCCUGCAGCAGCAGCAGACGCAGCAGCAGCAGCAGCAGCAGCAAGGGGCUUCUAGUGCCUCUAUUUAUGCAUGCCGCCCGCUCUAUUUAUAA